AUUACUGAUAUAGAAGCUUGGACUAUUAGGUUCAAAUUCAAAAUAAGAUUGCAUUGGUAUGGUAGCUCACUCUAUUGAAAUGUUUGAAGAUUGUUAGUCGUGCAUCCGAUCCAUGUCUUUUCCGGUAUAAACUUUCAACAUGGCUCGUGGCCCAAAGAAGCAUUUGAAGCGUUUAAACGCACCAAAAGCAUGGAUGUUGGAUAAAUUGGGUGGUGUUUUUGCUCCACGACCAUCAACAGGACCUCACAAAUUACGUGAAUCCUUACCUCUCGUUAUAUUCCUUCGUAAUAGACUUAAAUAUGCUCUUACAAACUGUGAAGUUAAAAAAAUUGUCAUGCAACGAUUAAUUAAAGUCGAUGGAAAAGUACGCACAGAUCCAAAUUAUCCAGCUGGAUUUAUGGAUGUGGUAACCAUUGAUAAAACUGGAGAAUUUUUCCGUCUUAUUUAUGAUGUUAAAGGACGUUUCACCAUUCACAGAAUCACAGCUGAAGAAGCUAAGUACAAAUUAUGCAAAGUAAAACGUGUGCAAACUGGACCAAAAGGUAUUCCAUUCUUGGUAACACAUGAUGGACGAACAAUUCGUUACCCAGAUCCAGUAAUUAAAGUAAAUGAUACAAUUCAAUUAGACAUUGCCACUGGUAAAAUAAUGGACUCAAUCAAAUUUGAUUCUGGUAAUUUAUGUAUGAUAACUGGAGGUCGUAACUUGGGGCGUGUUGGUUCUGUUGUAAAUAGGGAACGUCAUCCUGGAUCAUUUGACAUUGUACAUGUUAAAGAUUCCCAAGGACAUACUUUUGCUACCAGGUUAAAUAAUGUAUUCAUCAUUGGUAAAGGAAGCAAAGCAUUCGUAUCACUUCCACGUGGUAAAGGUGUUAAAUUAUCAAUUGCUGAAGAAAGAGAUAAGAGAUUAGCGGCUAAGGCACAUUAAAAAUGAGUCUUAACGUAUUUUUUUCUUAUGUACGUUAUGUAUAAAAAAUAAAAAAAUCGAAAAAACAAUCAC